AUGAACAACCUGCGACCACCAUCGUCCGAAAAUUUCCCUCAUUCACAGUUCUGUCCUCAAGCUAACAAGAUGGAAAAAGUUUACUUCUGCAAGAUCGGAGUUCUCGCUCUGCUGUUUUUGGCCAUGGCCGUGACCGCAAACCCUCUUCAGGAAGCCGAAGAUGCUAUCACCGUUCCAGCGAUCCAGUUCCAGAGUAAAUCAAGCGACGAACUUUGCACCGGUUACCAGAUUCGGGGACAGUUGUAUGCAACGUUGGUCCGUUGCCUAGGAACGGAACGAAGUGAAAUCAACAAGCUGCGCGAGUUGGACCUUAUUGGCCAGGGAGUCCAGAAGGUGCAAGCGUUUGCCCUGCAAGCCGAGAAUGCUGAAUCCAUCGGUGAUAUCGCUGUGCUGAUGUACGCCGGCCCAGGCGGCAAGCAACUCGAACAAGACGUUGAUGGCAGCGGACUGUUCGGGACGUUCGGCCUGGUACCAAAAGCACGUGUCGAACGACAAGAACCAGGUGGAGCUAGCCUAGCCCAAAUCAAUCUCCGUGUUCUUGGUGCUGCACUUGCUUUGGUGGGAUCGGCGCUGUUGAAGUGAAAACUGAAGGUAUAUCAUAACUAGUAUAUCAGUGCUAGAUUAUUUGUUUUCAAUAAACAGAAUUAUUUAAUCAGU